AUGUUUCUAAGCAAGCGCAGCAAUAAACUGGCAGCGCUGCGGAACUACUACAGCGUGUGGGUGGGGUACAACCAAAAUGUGCAGCAGGUAGGGAACUUCAAGAACAGCCUAAAUUACCUGUUCAAGCCGAAGAGUAUCGGUGUGAUCGGAGCGACGGAGAGGGCCGGCUCUGUGGGAAACUCCAUCGUAAAGAAUCUGAUGCAGGGAGAAGAAACUUACAAGUUAUACUUUGUUAACAGUAAGGGAAGCAAGGUGUACAACCGAGAUAGUUACAAAACGAUUGGAGAUGUUCCGGAGGAAAAUAUCGACUUGGCAGUCAUAGCCGUUCCAAGGAACCACGUCCUAGGUGUUAUGAAAGAUUUGAAUAGUAAAAAUGUAAAAGGGGUAGUAAUCGUAACUGCUGGGUUUAAGGAAACGGGUUCAGAAGGAAUAAAGCUAGAACAGCAAAUCAUAGAUGUAGCAAAAAAUAAUGGGAUCAGAAUUAUAGGCCCAAACUGUUUAGGUAUUAUCCACUCGUAUCACAAUAUGAAUGCUUCCUUUGCUGACAAUAAAAUAUUAAAAGGGAAUUUUUCACUAUUAUCCCAAAGUGGUGCAAUCUGUUCAGCUGCUUUAGAUCUAUCUCUACAACAUAAUAUCGGAUUUUCGCACUUCAUUUCGGUGGGUUCUAUGUGCGACGUGCAGUUUUACGAACUAGUGGAGUACCUCUUUUAUGAUGAGAAUACGAAGUAUAUCCUGCUCUAUGUAGAAUCCAUCGGAGACAUGAAUAAAUUUAUGGCUGUCUGUAAGAAGGUCUGUUUGUACAAACCCAUUAUCCUCUUAAAGAGCGGAAAAACAGCCAAAGCGGCAGAAGCAGCAAUUUCACACACCGGUUCUAUGGUCGGAAAUUACGAAAUAUUCUACGCAUCUAUGAAAAAAUUAGGGGUUCUGGUUGUAGAUAAUUUUGAAGAACUUUUUAACAUGUGUAAAAUACUUAACCUUUCCAAUUAUCCAGAGACAAAUGAAGUUUGCGUAGUGACCAAUGCAGGAGGUCCAGGGGUUCUUCUCGUAGAUAACAUAACAAAGAAUGAUGGAAAUUUAUCCAAACUGAAUGACGAUUUGAAGAAAAAGCUAGAUGCAUUUUUACCCCCUUCAUGGAGUAAAGCCAACCCAGUGGAUAUCCUUGGAGAUGCUUCCCCAGUGUUGUAUAAAAAAACAAUCGAAGCGCUACUAAAGGAUGAACAGUUUAAAAAUAUCAUAAUUUUGUUGUCUCCUCAAAGUGUUACUGAACCCAUGAAUACUGCAAAGGAAAUCAUCAGCGUGAAGGAUGAUAUGGCCAACAAGGGAAAACUCCUCCUCUGCAACUACCUUGGGGGAGUAUCCCUGGAAGAAUCCACCAACUUUCUAAAUCAGAACAACAUACCCACAUUUAUUCAUCCGGAACAUUCGGCACAGAAUUUGCUGAAGCUGUAUAAAAAUAUCAUCCACAUUCAGAACCUGUAUGAGGAAAUCCCCGCCUUCUUGGCAGAUGCAGAACAGAACCAUUACGUCAAUGGGAUCAUUUAUAAACACCACUUCGGGGAAACAAUGAAGAUGGGUUCCUCACAAGUGGGAGAGAAAGAAUCAACCAUUAAGCAGCAAAGCGGCAGUGGUACCCCAGAGGAAAUAAUCCAAAACGCGCUGAAAAAUAAAAACUACAUUUUAAACGAAUUUGACUCGAAAAAAAUUCUCCAAAGUUAUGGAAUACCAACGGUUCAAACGGAAGUUUUCUACACCUUAGAAGAAGUACAAAAUAAUGCUGCCAAGGUAAUCUUCCCCUGUGCGAUGAAAAUUUACUCAGACACGAUUACACAUAAGAAGGACAUCGGGGGAGUCAUCCUUAACAUAAAGAAUAAGGAAGAACUGAUUCAGUCGUAUAAAACAAUUCACGAGAACGUAAAAAAACACAACUUAGAAAGUGAAUUCAAAGGAGUUACCAUCCAGACUAUGAUAAACACCAACGAUGGAAUUGAAUUAAUUUUAGGAUACUAUUUUGAUCAGAACUUUGGACCUGUUUUAAUGUUCGGCUCUGGUGGAUCCUACGUAGAAAUAUUCAAAGACAAUGUUCUGUUGAUUCCGCCGCUGAGUUAUUCCUACACUCAUCACAUGAUGAAGGAGACAAAAAUUUAUCAUGCCUUGUUGGGAAAAUCUUCCAGGUUUAAAAAAUGUGAUAUGCCAGUGCUCAUAAACAAGAUUAUCAACUUUUCUGACCUCAUUUUAGAUCUCCUUCCUUACAUAAACGAAUGUGAUAUUAAUCCUUUAUUCGUUUCCGGAAGUGACAUUGUUGCAUUGGACGCUAGAUUCACUCUCCGUAAAAAUGUAAACGCGGAAACGUUCCACUCUGCCAAGGAGAACUCCCUAUACAGCAACUUUGCGAAGAAGUACCCAGUCGACAUGGUCUUCUUCGACGGGGAUGCCUCCGGGCAAAAGAACCAAAACGGCGAAGCUACCCCACCAGUGAACGCAUCCAAUCAGUUCGCUUCCAUCACCAGGAGCAUCCACCCCUACGAUGUCAAACUUAUGCACGCCUUUCUUCAGAACAAUGCGAAAGAGUUACACCAGAGUACCUUUUUCUUCACCACGGAGGACAGCAUCAAAACGAAGCUGUUCGCCUUCGAGCUGUGCAAUGCGGACUACGACCUUUACAACGUUAUUCUCCACAUGCAAAACAACAAAGUUACUGGUUUGGUAAAAACAGAAAAGAGACAAGACGCCAACCACUGCUAUACUUAUGCGACCGAUGUAACUACUUUUACGCACCUCAUUCAGAAGCUACAUGCUUUUUCGAACAAGCAAAAUUGCACCUCCAACUUUGUCUACCUGAAGAAAGACUCCCCCUUUGCAGAGCAACUCAAGUCCAUGUCCUACACGAUGGACUACGAGCAGGGGGAUAUAGUCUGUUACGUCGGCGCUACAAAAACGGGCGUCUAA